AUGAGCUCUUUCGGAUAUCUCUGUCAUUUCCAGACAGACAAUGGCGACGAGUUCUUCGCCAACUGCUCCUCGACCAGCCCAGUCAUCGGGUCAUCGGUCAUCGCAUACCCAACGUACGAGGAACUGGUGCAAGGCCAGAACUCGUCCGCUGUAACGAUUUCGAAGCUCCUCCCCCCUCUGCCGCCAACAAACAACUCCAUCUACUGUGUCGGCUUGAACUACAGGAGCCACGCAAAGGAAGCAAAUCUGAACGUCCCCGCCAACCCCCCCGUCUGGACCAAGCCACCCGCCGCCCUUGCAUCUCCCGACGAAACCAUCCCCAUCAGCCGUUUCUGCGCCUCGCAUCUACCAGACUGGGAGGCAGGCGAGCUCGUCUUCGUCACCUCCCGCGAGUGCCGCGACGUCACACCCGAGCAGGCCUCGCAGUACAUCCUCGGCUACACAGUCGGGAAUGACCUGUCGUGCCGCUUUUUCCAGCUCCCAGAGCAGUCGGGCGGACAGUUCUUCUAUGCCAAGGCGUUUGACAAGUUUGCGCCCAUUGGGCCGGUCCUGGUGAGCCCUGAUGUGUUUGCGAAGACCAGAACAUCGGCGACUCUCGUUACCCGGAUCAAUGGGGUGGUUAAGCAGGAUACGGUUAUCGGGAAGGAUAUGAUCUUCUCCCCGGAGAGGGUACUUAGCUGGAUGAGUCAGAGCACGACUAUCCCUGCUUACACGGUGGUCAUGACAGGGACCCCGGCCGGGGCUGGGGUCUUCCAGACGCCGCGACAGCUGUUGAAAGAUGGAGAUCACAUCGAGGUAGAGAUCUCGGGACUGGGGACUUUAAAGAAUGUGGUGAGGUUUGAGGAGGGACAGGAUUCUAUCUUUUAUUUCUGUAUACAGUCAGUCCUAUGA